AUGGUAGAGGGCCCAGCACAGCAGAAGAAGGUCCGAUCCGAGCUAGAGCUUUACCGAGGAGCGAGCUACAAUGGAGAAACGAAGAUGGUCGUGCCGUUUGCGAUUCUCCUGUUAUCCGCAAUCGCCACUGCCAGCUCAGCAGAUGGUAGCCCUUAUACCGUCGCGCCUUAUAUCGCGGAUUAUGAAAGCUCGAAACGCAGUCAUGAAGCGAACGCGCCGUUUGCGUGGCCUUCCGCAGAUCCCGCCAACACGAAUCCAAUGCGACUGCACCCAGGCAACGCCCGUCAGCGACUCCAUCUAUCCGGCCGGCUAGCCGUUCCUCGUGCCGUUCUGUCAGCAGCCAACGACGCGGAAGCUUCCCCUGAUCGCCGCACUCUUUCCGCCACGAAUCCGCACGUUUCCGCGCCGAGCCUCUCGUCUGGUCCGAACCUGGUCUCUACGUUCGCUUUCAUGCAGCCUCGGGAUCCGAGCCAGGUCUCGCCGGCUCCUCCGAGCCUGGCCCCCCCAGUCCCGGACCCCCCAAUCCCGGGGCCUCCGCCAGUCAAGUCUCCGCCAGUCAAGCCUCCCCCGGUCAAAUCUCCCCCGGUCAAGCCUCCCCCAGUCAAGCCUCCGCCGUCUCCGCCGCCUCCGCCGUUCUUCCAGCCGUGGCCAGUCAACGGCCAGGGAGUCUUCAACGUGCUACAGUUCGGGGCGCGCGCGGACGGGCGCACGGACAACACGGACGCGUUUCGGCGCGCGCUGCAGACCGCGUGCGCGUGGGGGGAGGCGCGGAGCGCGUACGCGCGCCUCGUGGUUCCCGCGAGCGGGCUGUUCCAGAUUUUCCCUAUCGAGCUGGAGGGGCCGUGCGGCGCAGGGCUAGAGGUUCAGAUCUUCCUGAUCGAGUUGGAGGGGCCGUGCGGCGCUGACUUGGAGAUUCAGAUCAACGGUGGCAUAGCCGGUGCUGCCAAUGUCACCUCGUACCCCAAACCACGCAAGAGCAACGCAUGGGCUCUGCUGUUCUUCCGAGGGGUUCCCAACCUGGCCGUCACGGGAGGCGGGUGGAUGGACGGGCGGGGGGCGGGGUUCUGGGCGAAGGGAAAGGGCAAGAAGCGGCCAGCACUGCUGUUCUUGAUGCAUUGCGACAAUGCUACAGUGCAGGGCAUUGGGAUGACCAAUCCAGGCAAGGCACACCUCAAGGUGUAUGGCAGUAACGGGCUGCUUAUAGAGGGGAUAACCACUCGCAGCCCAUUCAACAGCCCCAACACGGACAGCAUUCAGCUAUCCAAGAUCGAGAAUGGCAUCAUACGAAACAGCCAUCUGCAGGGCGGUGAGUGA